GGAGCUGCGCGGGGGGUCGGCGGGCGCAGGGCCGCGGCAGGGAGCGCCCGCGCGGCAGGAGCGCUCGCCCGCCUCGAGGGCGUCCCCCGCCCAGGCCCCGCGGGGCACCGCCUGGCAGCCGCGGGACCGCGAGGCGCCCGCGUCCGGCGCGCCGCCAGCCCACCCGCGGCGGCGGCGGCGGCCGGCGGGCCCGAGAGCCCAUGUGUCCACGUGCUCGCUGGGCACACGGGCUUCGUCUUCUGCAUGUGCUCCGUCGGGGACAUCAUCUUCACAGGGUCCCAGGAUUGUAGCAUCAUGAUCUGGGACCUGAACAGCCUUCAGUACAUUGGUGCGCUGCCUGGUCAUCGGGGUUUCGUCAAGUGCCUCAGCGCCAGCUACUCGAAGAAGCUGAUGGCGUCGGGCUCCCAGGACCGAACAAUCCGCAUCUGGAGCCUGGACUCGUUCACGACCGUGAAGACACUGUUCCGCCACACUGCCGAAGUAAACGCCCUCCUCGUGCUGGAGGGCCUGAACUUGCUCUUGUCCGGAUCCGAGGACAGGUCCUUGCGGGUCUGGGACUUGAGCAACUUCGCCCUGCUCGUCAGCGUGGAGCAGGCACAUCUUGGCGGCAUUUUCGCGCUGUGCCCGUGCGGCCCGGACCAGGUGGUCUCUGGCGCGCGCGACAGGUCGCUGAAGGUCUGGGAGACGGACUCUUGGCACAUGGUGCGCUCGUUGCAGCCCCCCCCACUACGACGGCGUCACGAGCCUGGCGCCGGCGCCGGGGCACGGCAAGGUCUACUCGGGAUCCAGAGACAGGUCGAUCAAGGAGUGGGACGUCGCCUCGCUCACCAACACCAAGCACACGCUCCAUGUGCACGGCGACUGGGUCCAGGCGCUGUGCGUGUCCCAGACCGAUAACGUCCUCUUCUCGGGGUCGCGGGACUCCAUCAUCCCCUCGAGGCCCACGCCGCUCCGAGCCCCCGGGCACCGCGGGGUCGUGACGGACGCCUUGGCCCCACCCCACGCCACCCC